AUGAGUCACAGGUCGAUCGAGCAGGCACUUGCUGGCCUUCUCCCCGCAUUGGCGGAGGAGCUGCCUCGCGAACUGGUGAACUUGGCAUCGUCUCUCCUCACACAGUCUCGAAGUUCUGGUGCCAGCCUAAAACCGGAAAUGGAAAUUGCCAGGCCAUAUGCGUGUGCUGAAAUUGCCUGCAAGAGGCUGUCAAGGAUGUUGACGCUCCCCUCCCCUCUCAGCCGCCCACCAUGUCCUCCCCGAGUAUACAAAAAGCUCUAUUCAUACCUUGAGCAGUCCCUUUUGAGCUCCUCGGCUAGCUCAAAGCGUCAAGGCGCGGAGUCUCAACCGCCAAAACGAACCUCUGCCAGAAUUCAUAGCAAAGCUGCGGCUGCACCCCCGGCUUUACCUACUCCUACCGCCACAUCAUCGGCUAUCUCUUCUCCCGGACAGGCUAAGAAACCAAAUAGCCAACGGAAUGUGGCCUCGAAUUUGAUGAUGAGGAAUGCAUCAAGCAAAGAAGUACCUCAGUGGGCCAUGGGCUCGAUAAGAACUAUAUGCAAAACGAUUCCUACCCUCAAGCUAGCCGAUAAGAUUGCUUCGUGCGACACAUUUGCGAUGGCUCUGCCGCCACACAUAUACUCAGGCCUCUGUUCGGUUAUAUCAUUGAUAUCACCUUCGGAAGCACACCUAACCGAGAAGUGGAAGGACCUUGUAGCCCCUGUUUUAUCCUACGGGAAAACAGGGAACGAUCCUGCUGAACAGAAAGCAGCCCGAGACCGAAUUUCCACCUUGAUCAUUGCUAUCUACUUCAUCGUGUACACACGUCGGCUUGGCAUGGAAUACGACGGCGAGAAACAAAACUAUCCCAACGAGCCAAUCGCGGAAAUGAAUGAAAUGCACCUGGAAGAGACCGUAGGGAAUGCGCUGGAUAGCAUCAACCUACCCCGAGCGGUAGAUGGACAGGAAAUAUUUCAGAUGGAGGUCCAUGAAUGGCUUAUGAUCAUCCUGGAUAUGGGUUGGGCCAUUGAUCAGCAGUGGUUUGAGAAUGUUCCCCUGCCAACAGCUCAGGAAAUUGAGGCGCAGCGUCGGGAUAUUAAGGGCAGAAAGAGGGUUCUAGGUGAUGAAUCCGAUCUCGAGGACGACGAUGAAAUAAUGAGCCCUAGGAGAAAGAUGCAAAGGAGCAGGGAGGCAGAUGUUGGAAGAAGGCUGCUAAAUGCCGAAGAUCAAUACGCCUAUGGUAAUACUCUACUACCUGGGCUCGGCACGAUGAUGCAUCCCCAGGUUGAUUGGCUGAGUGAGGACAAAAAGCAUACCUUUGGAACUUGGAGAGAUCGCAUUAUGGCUUGGAUAGAACAGAUCGAGAUUGCCUAA